CAUUCAUUUUGCAUUCGGUGACAAUACGGUGUGCGUGUGGAAUGAAAAAGAGUGGCAACUCUGAUGAAACUCAAUAAGAGAAAUAUUUUCAAGUGUUGACAGAUUUUUACUUGUUUUUUUAUAACAUAUUGAAAAAUGUUUAUUGGCGAAUGACGGUAUUUUUUUGUAUUUUUAAAAAAAUCAGUUCACUGACGAUUCGGACUACAUCGAAUAAAGUGCACAAAUCGGAUGUGAGAGAUUUUUUUUCUUGGCGAUGAAAUAUCGACUAACGUCAAAUCGAUCGGUCAAACCGACAUCAAUCAGUGUUCAAAUACUUGUGGUGUGAAAAUCAAUGUAAAGAAAAACCAAAAAAAAAAACGAAAAUUGAAAGAAAAACAAAAGAAGGAAAUCAAUAUCUGGUGGAGUGAAAUCGAACGAAACAGCAAACGCAAUGCUGUUUUCAAGCCAAAUCGAUCAUUUUAGAAAAAAUGUUUUUGUGAUAAUAGCUCUAGUUUUUACCCUAUAUAUGCCGAAUGUAUUUACGCGCAGCGAUCGAAUCAUCUCCAAUACAUUGGAUCCAAUAGCUAAACAAAAUGCAUCGGUGAAAGGAGUGCAAGAGGUGGUCGAAUAUUUCAUUGAACACAAUAUUAGUCAAGGCGAUGCAAAACGAAGCUUCUUCGAAGUUGGCAUUAAAUUAUUGGAUGAAAAGCCAGUGCCGACCUGGUGCAUGAAGUGUACUGACUACAUCAAUAACUAUUGCCUAAGUGGUAAAAUGCUGGACGAUCAUUGUUGCUGUGAUUCGAGACACGGACAAGAGCAAAUUCCAUGGAUUCCGCAUUCAUGCUAUGUUGGAAUGUAUUGCACGCCAAGCAUUGGUUCCUGCAUUAAUUACACCGAAGUUCGUGAAUGUUGCUGUGAUCAUGUGCUUGCCAAACGAUGGAAAACGAUUUACUCAGACAGUGCACGGACGACAACGAAUCUAUUCACUCAGCUGGUUUGCGUGGUUUUAUUGAUUAUCGCAUCAUGGUCGUUUUACUGAAUCAAUGUUAUGUAAACGGAAUGCGACAUAACGGCUUAUUUUAUGCACCAAAGUAGAAUGGUUACCACUCAUAAGCAAGCUUUUAAAAAGAAAGUUUCCACGAAACUAAAACAAAACUCUUGAGCUAUAUGUGUUCAAGAACUAAGUCAAAACUAUAUUUUAAUCAAAAUAACUAAUCUAAUGCAAAACAAAAUCGAAAUUUGUAGCAUUGAAUGUGUAAAAAAAUUAUGCGCUUUUUUAUUUGAGAAAUGAUA